UGCCAGAUGCUAGACCAACGACCACCCAUUGGAUGCGUCUGUAAACCAAGUGAGUUGCUGAUAAGACAGCAUUUUUGUGGCAUCAUGUGAAUCCAGUGCGCUCAUUUGAAGCGCAAAGAUGUUGCAAUAUACCCCAAAUCGCCACGCGCCCAUGAUGCCGCCUAGGUAGGCAGCUCACUAGGUUUUUGAAACAGAGCCUCCCUCUCUAAUGCAGUUUGUGUCUGGAAUUGUGUGUGUGAGGGGGGCUCAGUCGAGUUUCUCACCUUGGCUGCCUCUCUGUCACCCCUCCUCUCUCUCUCUCUCUCUCUCUCUCUCUCUCUCUCAGUGCGCGUGUGUCAGUGUGUGUCUGUCUCAUGAACGGAACUGAUCGCUGCUGUAUAUCUGUGAGUUACAUUCACCAACAGACAACGGGACUAAAUCAAAUCGAUCUGGAUUUAUUUUCCACACUCCCGCGCUUGAAUGAGGUUUAGACGGGAUUCAGAGCGCUCCAAACUGUGUUUCCUUCCCGGUCCACGAGCGAUGCCAAGCAAAGCAACUCUUCACGAGUCUUCUUAGAAGGAAGAAAUUCGCACGACAUGAGGCGUGCGGAUCUCAUCAGAUUCCCCCCCGGCAGAUCAUAUGUGCGUGGACCUGCGGAUCGAAGCAUCGGGAGAGUUUGAGAGUAUCGAGUUUUAUACGUUCGGUGUCUGUCUGGAACAUGGCACAUAGGAUGUGGAAUGGACUGUGACCGCAGAUCCCUCCAGCAGUAGAGACGCACGCUGCCAAGGGUUGAUCCCGGGAAAGUCGUCUAUCUACUGGAUGUUUUCUGGCUGGGUCGUCGUUCCGAGAUAUCACACGUACGCCAGACUCCACCAGUCUGAGGAGACGCUUCAACCAUAUUUGUUUAUUUGACUUCCCCCUCUCUACCCAUCCAUCUGGAUACGUUUCUCCCCAUCCCACAUUCAUCAUUCUCUCCCGUGACAUCAUGUGGAGUUUUCGGAACUUGCUUUCUCUGCUUACUGUGUUUCAAGCCUCUAGCCACAGUCCCAACCCAUUCACCGGGCCUCAAGCGACACCGACAGACCCCUGCUAUGACGAGACGGGUGCCGCCCGCCGAUGUAUCCCAGAGUUCAUCAAUGCAGCGUUCGGUCAGGAGGUCAGCGUGUCGAGCGUCUGCGGGCGGCCGGCGUCUCGCUCAUGCAGUUUAGUGGAACGCGAUGACCGUCCCGCCGUGCGCACGUGCCAAGUCUGCGACGCAUCGGACCCUCGCCACGCCCACCCUCCCACCUACCUCACUGACCUAAACUCCGCCCACAACCUCACAUGCUGGCAAUCAGAGAACCUGCAGGGCUCACCGCUCAAUGUGACACUCACACUGUCGCUCGGGAAGAAGUUUGAAAUCACGUAUGUCAGCCUGCAGUUCUGUUCCCCACGUCCUGAAUCCCUGGCCAUCUAUAAGAGCAUGGACUAUGGCCGCACUUGGACCCCCUACCAAUUCUACUCGUCGCAAUGCCGUCGCAUGUACAACCGACCCAACAAAGCCGCAAUCACCAAGCAGAAUGAGCAGGAAGCAUUAUGCACGGACGGGCACACCGAUCUGUACCCGCUUUCCGGCGGCCUUAUUGCUUUCAGCACGCUGGACGGACGCCCAUCGGGGAAGGACUUCGACUCGAGCCCUGUUUUACAGGACUGGGUGACGGUCACAGACAUUCGGGUGGUCUUCAGUCGCCCGCAGCACCCCAGAGCGCUGCCCAUGUCGGGACGCGAGAGCGAAGACCCGCUCGGGCCGCCCGCUACGUAUUAUUACGCGGUUGGCGACUUCCAAGUGGGCGGGAGGUGUAAAUGUAAUGGCCACGCCUCUAGGUGUGUGCGAGAGAAGGAUGGAAAGCUGGUGUGUGAAUGCAAACACAACACAGAGGGUCCGGAGUGUGACCGCUGCAAACCGUUUCACUACGACCGGCCCUGGCAGCGCGCCACUGCGAAAGAAGCCAACGAGUGUUUACCAUGUAACUGUAACCUGCACGCUCGACGCUGUCGCUUUAACAUGGAGUUGUAUAAGCUCUCGGGCCGUAAGAGUGGAGGAGUGUGUAUGAACUGUAGACACAACACCGCCGGACGCCACUGCCAUUACUGCAAAGAGGGAUUCUACAGGGACAUGGCCAAACCCAUCACACACCGCCGAGCCUGCAAAGCAUGUGACUGCCAUCCGGUGGGAGCUGCAGGUAAAACGUGUAACCAGACGACGGGUCAGUGCCCAUGUAAAGAUGGGGUGACUGGCAUCACCUGCAACCGCUGUGCAAAAGGGUAUCAGCAGAGCCGAUCACCUGUCGCCCCGUGCAUUAAAAUCCCUGUUAUAAAGCCGACGGCUGUGAUCAGCACUACAGAGGAGCCUGCAGAUUGUGACUCCUACUGUAAACCUCUGAAGGGAAAUCUCAAGAUCAACAUGAAGAAAUACUGCAAAAAGGACUACGCUGUCCAGGUCAGCGUGUUGGACAUGGAGACCGUCGGCGACUGGGCCAAAUUUGCCGUGAGUCUGGUGUCCGUGUACAAGAGCCGCGGAGAGCCGCUGAAGAGAGGCGAUCACGUGCUGUGGGUCAACAUGAAGGAUCUGGCCUGCAAAUGUCCGCGAAUACACAUGGGCAAACGCUUCCUCAUCCUGGGCACUACUGAGGGUGCCACGAGCCCCGAACGCCCGGGACUGCUGGCCGACAAAAACAGCCUGGUCAUUCAGUGGAGGGACAUUUGGACUCGACGACUGCGCAAGUUCCAGCGCAAAGAGAAGAAAGGCAAGUGCAGCAAAGCGUGAUGGGAUUGCAGGGAACUCUUUAUUAUUGACCACUGUCCUGCUUACGCGGGAGACUGCGAGACCGAACUCUGCGUAUUGUCGUUUCCAGUGCGUUAUUUGAUAUGUCGUCCUGUUGGUCAGCCUUCUAAAGGGACCGUUAAAAAGACUGUUUCUAAUCACACACCACUGAAUCUUUCACACACACACAGUACACGGACUGAUUCCAUUUCCUCUCAAAGCCACAAUUUAAUCAAUCAAAUAUGAAAUACGUCCUCAAAUUACAAAUCAGCAGAACGAUUCUGACCACAUCUGGUUCGGUUCUUCUCGUCUUUGUGGCCUUCAUCAGAUGGUCACACUGGUGUUCACCACAUGCUGCUCGCUUCAGUUCUGAAAACCUCAAAAACUUCAUCGUCUUCAUCAUCGGCCCGGAUCAUUUCACGUUUGAAGACCUUAUUAAGCCGUCUCAUAGCUGUGGGUUGUGUGCCGUACGUGUGGAUGUCUACUUUGAUACUGAAGGAUUUUCGUCUAGUGCAAAAAUGUCUAUUAACAGUCCUAUAGAAAGAAACAUACUCUGUGCAAGUAUGCAAACAUGGUUUCCAUUACUGAGUUACUGUAGCGGGAACAAAUGUCUGUCAUUACAUUGAUGGUUCAGUCAAAAUUCACCCAAAGAUUAAUAUUUUGUCAUCAUUUACUCACACUAAUGUCUUUUGAAAAACCCAUUUUAUUCUAUUCUGACAAACCAUGUCUUGCAGUGAAAAAAAUGAAUGGACCACCACUGCAGUGAAAAAAAGAAAUCGCUGGUGUUUCUUACAUCACAAACUACCUUGUAACCAAUCACGUUGUAAAAAACAAUACUAUUGUGUGUGAGUGAGUGGGG